GUCCUUGGCAGGUGCCCCAGGCAUGCCAGGCUUCCGUGUGCUGCUCUGCCUCUGCUCCUUGACGUGCUGCCUCACCCUGCUGCCGGCAGCCGGGAACACGAUCCUAAGCUUUGGCCCCUGCAGGAUUUCCAUGAGCAUGAGUGAGAUCAGGGCUGGCUUCACCGCCAUCAAAGCCAACAUUCAAGCCCGGGACCCCAUCAGGACACUGAGCAUCCUGUCCCACCCACACUCCCUGCACAGGGUCCAGUCUUCAGAUAAAUGCUGCAUCGUCCAUAAAGUCUUCAACUUCUACGUGGACAAAGUCUUCAAGCACUGCCAGACUGAGAAUUCCUACAUCAACCGAAAGAUCAGCAGCAUAGCCAACUCCUUCCUCAGCAUCAAAAGGAAACUCGAGCAGUGUCACGAAGAAAAGAAGUGCUUGUGUGGACAGGAACCCACUGAGAGAUUUAAGCAGAUACUUGUGAACUAUGAAGGGCUGAAUGUCACAUCAGCAGCAAUGAAAUCCCUGGGCGAGCUGGACAUCCUGCUGGACUGGAUGGAGAAAUCCCCAUAGAGAAGAACCAUGCACUAACAGAGCUGGAGGAGGCUGCAGACCUUGGGAAUGCACCGUCCCAGAGCCAUUUCUCACUGACUGCAGCUGAUGUUCGAGCAAACACUGAGUGUAUGGCCAGGCACGGGAGCAGGCACAUGCAUCCACAGGGUCUUGCAUUUGGAUGGAAGAGUGGAGUUCUCUUGAAUCAACAGAGCAUUCACAUCUCUGACUUCUAUCAAAAGACACUUUCCAAGGGAAGAAUUUUAAAGAGUUCUCUUGCUAGCAUGCAUAAGCUAUGAUAACUUAAUAAAAGUAUUGUUUAAACUAUACACUUUUUGAAUAAGGGCUGUAUGUUCAUGAGUACUGAGUGCCUGGCAGGAACUGCUCCCAUACAGCUGAUGCUACAGAACUGCAAUUGCAUCUCUGGGCUCAGCUCUGGCUAAAAGGAGGUGAUAGGUGACAAACACUUGCAAGAAUAGGUCCUUGCAGGUACUGCAAGCCAAGGAAAUCUGUGUUUCCUUUCCAGCUGACGUUUUCUGCAGUCUCAGUAAAAGAAAGUGUUCGAUAGAAGAUAUGUGGUUGCUGAAUAGAAGAAACUUCUGGUGUGCAUUUACUGACACUCAGCAGCAGGCUUUGUGGAAGGCUGAUGCACUUACUGUAAACAAACCCAGCCUGAAACUGCGCUGAGUCUGCGCUGAAUUCUGUCAGAAUUCUGAGGAAUUACAUUUCGAGUUGGUGAAACUCUGAGCUCACCGUGGUGCCCUCUCAGAGCAGGUGCAGCCCCCGUGGCGAUGUGUUCCGAUGCACCACAUAACCCAUGACCACGGCUCUGAAGCCUAGAGACUUCUUUUUUUUUAGGAAAAAAAAAAAAAAACAUAAAAAAAAACAAGUGAUGUUGGGUUAUUUUCAUUUGUGAGAGCCAUCAGGAGGCAGCAGGUGUCUGAUUUUGUCUGCUUUCAAAUGCGAGUGGAUGUGCUGGUGCGCAGAAGUGCCAGGCCUCGUCCUGCAGCACUGGGGCUGCAGUGGGAGGAGGAACGUCCUGCAGCGGGCACCCCCCGUGCUGGAAACUCCACAUUGCAAAGCAGAGCGAUGGGAAACCAGCCCUGUUUGUAUAUGGGAUCCCUUCCAUCGAGCACAAUGGAUAGCUCCUGGCCACCCCCACCUCUUCGGGCUCUUUUAGCCUCGAGUGGCUGCAGACACAGUGGUUGCUCACCGUCCUUGCUCAAAUAUUUGCUUAUGCCAAAAAGAAAAUGCUUGUAGGGCCUUCCUUCACUUAAUUUACUUUCCCAUGAACAGCAUUUUGCAGUGUGACUUCCAUGCUCCUGUCCACGCGCUCCGCUCCUGCAGAGGAAAGGCCGCCCUGGGGCAGGUGGAGGAGGAAGCUGCCUCACAAAGGGAGAGAGAAAGGGGUUUUCUCCUCCUGGAGAUUUCCAAACCAUAGAAUUCUCCUGCAGCUGUAUUGCUGCUCAGCCCCUGGGGACGCCUUUCCUAUUGCACCAGAAUCAUUCAUUCACUUCCAGCAACCGCGGGCAGGCACAGACCCGUCCUAUCCCUGCUGCUCCUGCAGGAGCCCCUGUCCCGUGCUGCGGGAGGGAAGCAGUAAUGCUCUUUAUUCUAUUUUAUGGCUCACUAUCAGAGAUGCACACAUCUCAGGCAGUCAGGGAGCCUGAGCAGGUCAGUGCUGUUUCUGCCUGUCCUCUCCAUCCCUCCCUGCCUCUCACUGCCCUGGCUGCUGCCUGGGGAUGUGCAGAACCUCUUGUGUUCAGGGCAAAUUGCUGCUGCUUUGUCUUGCCUCCAUCCUCACUGCUUUCUGCACAGCUUUAACUGUGGGGCCUUUGGCUUUCUGCCCCAGGACCUGACCUAUGGGCAGCAGCGCUCGUGCAGCGGUGCACAAAUAAAUGGCUUCUCUCUGCUGAAUAACCCACUCUCGAGGAUGAGACCAGGAAACAACACUGUUUUAAUUGCAGCCAUCAUUGCUUCUGCCUGGACAAA